CUCAAUCAAGCAGAAGAACCGACACAUGGAAAUGGAGCAUGGUGAUCAUGGAAUGGAAGGGAUGAUGGCACCACCAAACCAUGGUGGUGCCACCACCAACAUGUCCAUGGGCCAUCAUAGCAUGAUGCACAUGACAUUCUUCUGGGGGAAGGACGCGUUGGUUCUGUUCGACGAUUGGCCUGCAGGGAAAACCGGGUCGUACGCUAUGGCGUUGAUCCUUGUUUUCGUCAUGUCUAUGCUCGUUGAGGUUCUCUCACGAACCAGGUUCAUCAAACGCGGAAACGUGGUUGCCACUAGUCUGAUUCAGACCCUGGUUCAUGCGUUCAGGGUUGGCGUGUCUUACCUUGUCAUGCUUGCACUCAUGUCUUUCAAUGGAGGAAUCUUUUUGGCUGCUGUGCUUGGUCAUGCUUUAGGGUUCUUGCUCUGGAGCCCGGCUUUUCAGAAGCCAAACGAAGACCGUGAGGCUUCUCAUCUUCCUCACUGUUAAUCAAUUUCCUCUUUUCUAUGUCAUUUCGUCACAAUUAUUUCAAAUUAUUUCCUUUCUGAAAAAAAAUUAUUGCAAGUUAUUUAGCAGUAGUAAUUCGUAAU